UCUUGGGCGAGACAUCGUACAGAGCGGUUGUACGUGUUUGAGAACAGUAUUUGCAAUAAUUAAAAGCAAUCGUUCGUGAGAGCAGUGCUUCUUAUUGAUAUACAAGCGAGUACCUCUUCUAGUGGCUUUUGGUGUAAAGAGACACAAGUGUGAUCGAGGCAAAAAUCAUGGCUUCCAGUGGUAUCAAACGUGAUAUUCCUAUCAAGCUCGACCGCGACUUCAGCGUGCUCGACACCGAAUUUUCCAACAUACGGGAACGCUUCGAGGCUGAGAUGAAAAAGAUGGAGGAUGAGAUGACACGAUUCCGUAGCGAACUGACGAAUCACGAAAGUAGCUUCUUUAAGAGUGUCUCCAGUCGACAUCACACGAGCUCCAGCGAACACUCUACUUCGACGACCUCGAAGACUGAAGGUUGGGACCCUGCUGCACCGCCAAAGCGGUCCACGUUCGACAGCUUCAAAAGCACCGAGGGCAACGCUCCUAUGAACGCCCAGCAAGACUCCGCCUGGCUCGAUGGCCUCAACAGCCCACUUAUCAUGGACGAAGGUGACAGGAAGAUGCUGAAGCUCCGAUUCGAUGUCUCCCAGUAUGCGCCUGAGGAGAUCGUCGUCAAGAGCGUGGACAACAAACUGCUGGUCUAUGCAAAACACGAGGAGAAGACAGAGAGCAAAUCAGUAUACAGGGAGUACAACCGUGAGUUCCUGUUACCUAAAGGAACUAAUCCCGAGAGCAUCAAGUCUUCGCUGAGCAAAGAUGGCGUACUCACUGUCGAGGCUCCACUACCAGCAAUCAAUACGCGCGAGAAGCUCAUCCCAAUCUCACACCAGUAGACACCCAAUCAACUGGACGAAUACACGAGAAAAUGAUCCUUAAAACUCCCUCCGAAAUUCCAUCAUUCGUGUGUCCGUCAGAUCGCUCCCUUCCCAUCCUUUCCAUCAAUUCCCGUAAGUCCAUUUCUUUCUUCUCCUUUUUCUCCUGUUUAGCUUGUUUUCUUUUUUCUUUUUUCACUUUUUGUUUUUUCUCCACUCUUUUGCUGUGAAUACCCGUUUCUCUUCUCCGCUGUUCAAUUCACUUGAGUAACGCACUUUCUUUUUUAAUUUGAAUGGAUUUUAUGAAUUUUUUUUUUUUAUUUUGUAAGAAAAUAUUUUUUUUUCACUUCCUGAUUGAAAUGAUCGUGAUUUUACAUCCAGUGUUCAAAUUUUUACAUAAAAGAAAUAUGUUAAAUCAUGACGAAGAAACGAGUACCAGCGGAAAAAUUCGAGGUUCGCAGUGAAGCAUGUUUACGAAACGCGUUCAACAAGCAAGCUCCCGCGUGAAAACUUGGGAUUGUAGCUUUCCGGCUAAAUUACUCGAGUCUCCGCAAGGUACAAGUUCAAAAAGAAAGUGUGUCAAACACAUUUCUUCCUCCGAAAAAAGUAAAACAAAAAACAUAUUCAUUCGAAUAAACAUUUCACAAGUACCAAAAUGUUUAGCCCUCCCAUAAAUCUAUAAAUUAUUUUUUAUACUUUUUGAAUAAAAAUUCAUAGUUAUUAUUCAGGGUGGUCAAGAGCAAAAUUCUUGCGUUAAAAAAUAGAACAUAACCUAAAAGGGCUACAUAAGAAACGAUAAUCAAAUGUCGAUGAAACAAAAAAAAAAUUUCUUUAUUGCUAUAGAAUAUCAC